GUCUGCUGCUAAGUGAUUGGCUCACCGUGUGUUUGUAGCUCCAGUCCUGGAGGUAUUUCCUGAUUGGUUGCUGUGAGCACUAUGGGUCACUGUGGAAGCCCAAAUACAAGCGUGGUCAUUCAGUGGCCUUGAACACUGCUUGGUUUUCAUCUUGCUUACAUGUGGAGGCUCAGAGUCAGAGACCUGCAGUGACUUGGGGUUGCUAUGGCUAUGAACUUGUUACUGCCAAGUUGUCUGCAUGUUAUACUGAUUUUUCUCCUGCUAUACGGUAAGUUUUUUGUUGUUCUUCUUGGUGCGUCUUUAGUUUCUUUAGUGAAAUCUUGAAUUGACUAAGAGUUCAGUUGGCGUCUAUGAGUGUUCAGUAUGACAGGUUGGUAUGUUUUAUCUAAAAAAGUUUUUCUUUAAUUUUUUAAAUAUUGCUUACUUUAUUUUAUGCAGUGGGUGAUUGCUUUCAGGCAGAACCAAAUCCCUGUGAUUCAAGUUGUAAUGGUGAGACUAAAGCUUUUUGAUCAUAUCUAGUUUCUUUUAUGACAGAUGUUUACCUCUCUAACAAAAUUUGCCAUAUUUGCCUAUUGUCAUUUUUAUUUUAAUAGGUUUCUCUAGCACUGACUUGUCCUUUGAGAGAGGAGUACGGUACACUUACAGAUAUAGGACCACAAUAACUACAACACUUUAUGGCUCCAGUGCUGGCAGGAAUGGACUGGCUUUGGACUGCGUGGUUGAUAUUGAUGUUGUUUCCAGGUGUCACCUAAUGAUGCAGGUCAGCUUUAAGAAAAGUGUCAGAGAAAAAUACAUGUCAAGUUUUGCAAAAUGUCCAUUAUUCAUGCACAUGCUUUUCCAAUAGAUUAGGAAUCCACAGAUAAAGCGCCUGUCUCCUCAGAAGGAACACUCAGUGCAGCGUUUGAAGAGCUUGAGGUAACAAGGCGAAGGUUUUGCACAGUUUUGGUGCAUUUUUACAAAGAAAAGUUACCAUGUUUAAGGCCUUAUUCUGUCUGUUCUUUGUCUGCAUUGUUCAAAGUGUGAGUCCAGAUCUUUUUGGAAUGCUAAAACUGUUUUUCUAUGUGUGUGAUACUCAGUUCAAACGUCCCACUUGUCUGUUUCUGGGUCCCAGGGGAAUUCAUCUGCUGUUUUUAUUUCCCAGGGAUUCACUAGAGAGAACGCGCCUCAAGUUCUCCCUCCAGGGGGGAAAGGUCACGGCCCUCUGUCUCCAGGAGGGGGAGCAGGUGUGGGCCCUCAACAUUAAGAGGGCUCUAUUGAGCAUGCUCCAGACCUCCCGCACCGCCUCCAAACAGGAAUUAGAAAAGGAGGUGAGGGUUGAUGAGCUUUCUGUUGCUCUGUGUAAAACAGGCCCCAUGCAGGAGCCUCAAGUCUUUUGAAAAUAAAGCAAAUACAACAAUUACAUAUUCUAGUCCGACAAAUACCACCUCUAUUCCUGCUACAUAGCAAUAACCAUAGUUAUUGUAAACAAGCCAUGAUUAAGUGCGUUCACAGGGUGAUCAUAAGACUUUUCUCUAAUGACUCUUUCUCAGACCGAUGUUUAUGGGACAUGCACCAGCAGGUAUGAGAGGCGAGGACCUGUACUGCUGAAGAGCAGGGAUUUGAAACAGUGCCACCAGUCCAGACUGGCAAACUUCUGGCCUCAUUCAAAACCAGUAACGGAAGAUACAGUGAGUUUUUCUGUCCUUUGCAGAUAUGAUGGCUGUGAUAAAGGCUGCUUUGAAGUUUAUUACUUACUUCAGUCUGUUUUUAUUCUUUAGGCCCAAUAAAUGAUUUUAGUAAUAAAUGGUUCUCUUUGAAAUUCAUCAGUGUGUUGCAUAUGAAACAGCAGGAAGACAAAAAACCCAGGAUGUCAUAUAAACAUAGUGAUUUACUUUUGAAACCCUGAUCAUGGUCCUGGUUUUGCCUGUUUAUCGGAAAGGAUUCAAUGAUAUAGAGCUCUAUAGAGGGGUUACAAGUCAAAUUGUUGUAAAAUUCUUCUUCAAAGUUAGCAGUGCAGGGAAUGUGGAUUUUUUUAUAUCAAUUAAAAAACCUGCUGUAGUAUAAAGGAAAGGUUAUCACAGAGAUAAAUCUGUAAAAUAGAAUAUUGGAUUUAAUGAAAAAAGAGAUAGUUGAGUCAUGUUGGUCACGGUCUUUAUAUAUUUUUUUAAAGCUUGUAGCACAUUUGUCAUUUUUCACUAGUCAUUGCAGUCCGAGCUGCACUGUGUUCAGAAGUUUGGCUCCAGAGUGAUGGAGGAGGUAAACUGCACUGAAGUUGUGUCUGUGGCAACAUGGUCCAGAAAUCAGGGACCGGUGAAGACACAAACUACGUCCACUCUGCUCCUGCUCAGGGCCCAGCCAGGGACCCCUUUAAAUGCAGGUAAGGAGUAGCACCAACACAUCUGUGGUUAAGUAAUGUUUUGCUGAUACAGGUGCUAAAAUCUGCACUGAUAAUUGUUAAUGCAGAUACCUUAGAUCACGGAGUGCUUACUGGCCUGCAGUUUGAAGAUGAAGGAGCUUCAGGGAAAAGUAGAGCAUCAACACCCCAGCAAGCUGGUCAGACGGUCAGGAUGUUAUGCAGUCUCACCUCAGACACACAACAGGUAAGUCACAACAGGAUCCAGAUUUAAAAUGCAUUAAUUUGCCAAAAUAAAUAAAAAAGAAGAAAACGCAGAUUCAUGUAUCUUAGCAGUAAAAUAUGCCCUGUAAUAUAAAUCGCUUUGAAGUAGCUGAGCCCUGCCAGACACUCUGUUGGCUUAUUUGUGUUUCUAAUUUGUAGCUUAACUCACUCUGAGGUUCUGCUCUAUAUGAGCCAGGCAUUUUAAGUUUUUCCCUACACAGGAGAGCAGUUAAACUUCAUCUGGCAACCUCCAUCAAAGUCUGUUUACAUGGGAGGUGUUCGAAAGAGGCAAUCACAGAGAAAGCCAGACACACUCUGACGUUAAAUCACUGUGUGGGGGAUCAGGUGAUUGAUGGAGUCGAAGUGUAUUCACAGUUAUACUGAUGGUUACUAUUUUUAAAAAGAGACAAAUAAUUUAAAAUGAUGUUAAUAUGACUUCUUAUGUGUUUGGAUUUUAUGCCCACAGGUAUCACAAGAGUUCCUUCAACUGGCUUUCCAGCUAAGAGAUCUGACUCUUUCUCAACUCCAGACACUUUGGCAAGAAGCCUCUUUCAAGUGCCGCAAUGACUGGUCAGUAUUUUCCUUGUGUUUAGUAACAUGAUGAUAAUAAUUUUACUAAUUAAUCUGUUUCAUUUUCUUCAGUUCUUGAUUUCAUUGGGGUUGUUUAUGAUGCACAUUGUCACUCUUAGCAUUGGGAUGAAUCAACUAGCAUAAAACAUAAUAAACAUCCAGCCAAGCAAAGGUCUAUUCUGUUUCAAACUGACCCAAAGAAAGAGAGCAGAGGUAACUUUAAAGAAAUACAUCAGUAAUUUAUUAUGUUUGGUUCCAUUUAAAUAUCUUUCAGCUGAAUAAAGUUUGCAGUCUAACCUAGCAUACAAGUGGAAAACAGCUAAUCUGGAUUUUACAGCGCCCUAUAGCACCCUAUAAAACUAGUCAGUGUGGUUUGCAUGACCUCUUUAUGUAGGCUAUAAAACAGAAAAGAUAGCCUACAACAUUUGUCCUCUACAAUUAGCUAACUGGCUUAGUUAAUUAGCUAGUUUUAGUUUUAAGUGUUGACAAGCAUGCUUUGCCAGACAAGCCGUUUCCCUCUCUCCAAUUCUUUGUGUUAAGCUAACACAGCUGCAGGCAGUAGCUUCAUAGUCACACAUGUGAGCUGUCUUAAUCUUACUGUGUUACUCUCAGCAAGGAAGUGAAUCUACAAAAAUACCCUCCUGAAACCUUCAUUUUCCAGGUUCAAACUUCUGCUAAAAUGAAACUUUUAGGUGAAGUGAACAACAGUCUCAUACUCUGUACUUAAAUAGAGUCAGUAUUUAGGGUUUUCUUAUUUCUUAGCUUUUGUGUUAUGUAAUAUGAUGUUAUGUGAUAGUACUAAACUGUUCUCAUGCAAAGAGAGGUUAAUGUUGUUGAAUAACUCUUUGGACAGGCAGCCUUUGUUGGACGCAUUACCAGCUUGUGGAUCUGAAAACUGUAUCUUACUACUAACCAACCUCAUGAUGACCAAAGAGCUGGAGGAGGAGCAGGCUCAUGCUUUUCUCACCACCAUAGUCCUCAUCCCUAAUCCAUCACCACAAAUCAUCAACUCCAUCAACGUAGGAUCCUUGGGGUGACAUUAAUGAUGACCCAAAUCUCUCUCAUCUAAGAUAUUUCCUGGUUUUGCUCCUGAGAUGUUUAAAAAAGAUUCACUGCAUGUAUCCAUACAAAUAUAUGCUCUUAUUAUUUGCUGAGGAUCCAGAUGUUCAGCACAUACUAAAUCUCUGCUUUCUGUGUCAGGUCUUACUGCAGGUGCCAGAGCUGAGGUCCAAGGCGCUGUUAUCUGGAUCAGCUCUGGUCUAUCAGUUGUGCCAAAAGUCUCAAACCCCCUGCAGUGAACUUUUAGAGGUUCAGACCUUCGUACAAACACUGGAGGAGACAUUAAAAGAGGGCUGUGAAGGAGAACAACUCACUCAUGAUAAGGUGCUUCCAAACAGACACUUACAUCCACUGUACUCCAUAUUGUGCUCCUACUAGACCUAAUGAUUUGAUGUAAUUAUUCUAAGCAUGGAUCAAACACAAAAAAUGUAUGCGUAACAUUUUUUCAUGCAUUUUGUCCAACAGGUUUUUUAUGCAUUGAAAUCAGUGGGAAACGUUGGUCUUUCUGCUCCGGUCUUCAUUCCUUUGAUGAACUGCAUCAUGCAAAGCCACUCUGCUGCACUGGAGCUGAGACUUGCUGCCAUCCAGGCCUUCAGACGCUUUUCUUGCUCAGCUGAUGUGAGUCGAGUUAUAGUUGAGACAGUAAUAUAUGAAAAAUGGAGAAAACUCUAAAUAGCAUACAGCAAAAAAAAAGAAAAAGGAAAUUCAAACAAACACUGUUUCAGUGUGAGCAAAUGUUGACUUUGACAAAACAUCACUUAAAAGUAAAUAAAAGUCUUCAAAGAAGAUGCUUGCUUUCACAAUGAGAUGUUAAUUGGUUCAUGAUGAGUGGAGGUGACGGUGAGGAGAUGAGUGACAGUGGAGCUUCAGUGACUGACAGCAGUUUCCUUCCUUCAGAGAUCGGUGCUGUUGCAGCUGUACUGCUCCUCCCGGGAGGAUUCAGAGGUUAGAAUCGCUGCAUACCAGCAGCUCAUGCGCUGCCCUGAUCAGGCCGUGUUUGAAGCAGUGAAGACGACCCUGAGGAAUGAGAACUCCAGCCAAGGUUUGACCACACCUUCUGUUGGUUUGUUGAAGUAACUCUUAUAAAAGUGUCAGCCAAAGAAUGAAAUGUUUGAUGGUUGAAAACAGUGAUUAACUUUGUGAGUUUUGUGUUGUUGAAGGAUAUAUUUAGUGAUCAGGAGAAAUUGUAUAAUUUUAGGCAACAUUCAACAGAUGUUCUCUAUUUCUGAAUAUUGGGGAAGGAGGCUACAUUCACUUCUGACUUUUCCUUUUACAUUGUGCAAAGUAAACAAUUUAUUUUCUAAAUAUAGACAUUUCAUUUCUACCAUGUUUCUCCUCAGUGAUUGUAAAAGUGUGAAUGAAAUGGCUGACUGACACUGCAAUUUUGUUUCAAAAAAAUUAAUUCACAGAGUCAAAAUGAUUUGUAAACUGUAAACUGCAUCAUCAUGGUAAAUUUAAGCAACGUAGAUAUUAGUGAUAGAGUAAAAGCUGCUUGAGAAGCAAAGUUGCCGCCCACACAGAGCACAGUUUGAUGUGGCGUCCUCCAGAGCUAUAUCCUCGGGCUUCUUUUCUUCUGUAUUGAUUUUAGUUAUUUAUCAAAUGUGUCCAGGAAGAUGGCCAAAUAGUUUUCUCUUUGAUUUGCAAAUAUUAUGGAGUCAAUGUAACUCUUUAGAGGCAAGAAAAUAGUUCUUUGUGUAACAGAGCUGAAUUUAGUUAUACAACACAUCUUUUUCUGUUGACAAAAGUGAAUCAACUUUUUCUCCUCUUCUGUAGUGGGUUCAUAUGUGUGGAGUCAUCUCACUAAUGUCCUGAGGAGUGAGGACCCCAUGAAACAGGCUCUGAUCGAGUCCCUGCCUGAUGACAUUGUCAGCAGAGACUUUGAGGCUGAGUUUAUUAAAUACUCCUCCUACUCUGACUACACUGUUUCAUCAGGUAAUGAUCACUUUACUUGAACUUUAAGCAAAAAUGUCUAUUAAAGUCGUUUAAAUUUCCUACCAAAGAAACUAUUUCACUUAACAAAAUAGGAUGAGUUCUCUGAUGAGCACCGAUUUUUCCUCCUUCUUUAUGUGUUUCAGACAUGGGAACUACAAACAUGGAAACAUCUCUGAUUUUCUCCCCAAAAUCAUUUCUGCCGAGAUCUGCCUCUGCAAACUUGACCGUAUAUUUCCAGGGUAGAGCUCAAAACCUUCUGGAGGUGACUUUAUUUGAAUUUUUACAAUUUCAAGUACUUUUUUAAUAAUUUGAAAUUCAUUCAUCUAGUAAAUACUGCAUAAAAUUAUAGACACAUAAUAAAUAGUAAAAUGAUGAAAACAACCAUAAAACUGUGUUAAAUCCAUGUAUUAUGUCUCCUCAUGAAGGUGGACCUUCACGUUGAAAACGCUGAACCACUGUUGAAGAAAAUGUUUGGCCCCCAGAUGCCUCCUUCUGCUGGAGCGUCAGCGGUUCAAAGCCAAAAACAGUCCAAAGAAGCGAUGAGGACAAGAACAGAUCAAGUCCGCGGAGCAGACAGAGAAACCUGUUCAUCCAGCACCAGCGGUUAUCUGGACCAGGCCAGGGCCAUGGUGAGGUCAUUGUUUGAGGAUGGUCUUACUGACUGGGCUGAGGUCUGAUGGGGGUUUAGUUAAGGCAGCAGGUUGAACAUACAAGCUUAGCCAUACUUACUAUUGUCCGACAGAUGGGGAUUAGUUUGAAUUACAUUUUGGGUUUUAACCUCUUGGUCAGUACUGUCAUGUACGUACUAUCCACUGUAAGCAGCAGUGACUUAGUUAGUUCAGGUACAUACUGUAUGUGAUUCAGUGUACUUUUCAAUAAAAAGGGUCCAGAAUUUGGUGGUUAGGAACAAAUUUAAAACAAUGGCCACAACAUUUUCCAAAAGCCAAAACCAACAGUUCCUAAAUAGCUUUUCAAAAACCAAAGAACUGAAGGAGAUAAAAGUUUGAAACUCUGAAAUUUUUAAAUCUGAGUCUUCAAAUUAUGCCACUCAAGACAUAAGACAGUUAAAGAUCAAUUAUCUGUUGAUCAACUUGAUCAAAUUGAGUAUUUACUUACUGAACCAACCUCAACUGCCGGUAGCCUGACUUUGAUUUUGAUGGAUUAGGCAAUAUUAGAUGAUCUGUCUGUUGUACCUUAAAUUUUUAAAUCAAAUCAGUAAUUGUAAACAUCUCAAUAUGUUUACACCACUAUGAAAAAGCAAAAAAACCUGCCAAGAAAACACACGGAAAAUGGUUCAAUACCUGAUUGAGUUUGAAAAGGUUUAGAUACUAUCUCCAUCACGUUUUGCUGUCUUUGUUGCAGCUGUUUGACAGGAGGAGAACAGAAGAGAGUGGACUAAAGUGUUGGCUUGGUGUGAAGGUGUUUGGAAAUGAGCUGAGUGUAUUUACAUGUCAAGAUCUCUACAAUCAAAUGAACCAGCUCUCCCUGAGUGCAGCAGGACUAGCUGUCAAACUGCUCAAGGUAUGCUGGACUUAGACUGUCCACUUAAUCUCUUACUUUGUCUGACUGCCACAUUAUUAAUCACUCGUCUUUCAUUUUCAUCACACUGUCUUUCCCUCGAGUCCUGCAGGGUCAGGAGGUCCAGUUGAACCACAGAGCCGUGCUGGUGACAGAGGAGCUGAUUUUACCAUCUCUGUCCGGUCUGCCUGUCAAACUGGGCAUCAACAUGACCUCUCUUCUGUCACUGCGUCUGAAAGGCAACAUCAACUACAGAGAUAUGUCACACUUCUCCCUGACUGGAUACAUUAAACCCAAGUACUUAAACAUCACCAUGUGUCUCAGACAUUAUGCAUGGAGCUAAAAUAGAGUGUAACUGCUGUCUCUGUUUCUCCAGUGCCCAUGUUGGGCUGUCAGUAAGGAUGGGGGUGGACGGGGCUCUGGGUCAGGCUGCAGUGGACUGGCUUUCAGAGCUGAAGAGCUCCACCAGUUUGGAUGGCAGUGUUCAGCUUCAGGAGGGGCGAGAUCUCAGAGUCACACUCAACACACCCGAGGAUGUCAUGGACAUCAUCUCAGUCAGGUUAGUGUGGACAGUCACUGCAUGAUAAAUGCCUUUUGUAUCAUAUUUGAUACAUACUUUUAUGAUACUUUUAUCAAAUCAAUAUGAUCAACAAAUUAUUUGAAAAACACCUGAGUAGAGUCCGAUAAAUGAUAAAAAUGUUCUCUUGUGGUUUAUCAGUUUCCAUAAACAUCUAAUGUAUCAAAUAAGAUAAAUAAAUAUAUUCGUUAAAUUUAAAGGGCAUUUUUGUCUUUUUUUUUGGUUUUCAGUAGUAAGUGAAAUAAACAUUUCAGCUAGAAAAAAAUUUGAAUUUUCUGGCCAUAAUUUGUGGUUUCAGGCAUUAAAGGGUUAAGGGGUUGUUGCAUGUUUUAGCCUUUUUACUGUGGGUCAUGUAAGCUUAUUGACAACAGUUGUAAAAAUAAAUAGUCUUUUAACCCCACUACUAAUAGAUAACAUAUUGAAUAGCCUGAUCAGGUGACUGAAUAGGCUGUGCAAGGGGCUGGACACAGCUGGUCAGGAUGCUCUCAGUGAGGAAAGGUGCACAUGAUCAAUCGGGGGCUCUCACUCUCUUCAGUCUGCAGAGGAAGUUGAGGCGCUGCUGGGCUUUCUCCACCAGUGAUGUGCAGUUUGCUGUCAAGGACAGGUCCUCCCUGAUGUGCACUCCCAGAAAUUUGGUGCUGCUUACUCUCAUUGAUGAUCAGAUGGGGGGUGUUCAGUGUGACCUCUUCUAAAGUCCAGAACAAUCUCCUUUGUCUUGUCCACAUUUAAAAGAAGAUUGUUGUCGCUGCACCACAUGGUCAGUUGGCUGACCUCCUUCCUGUAGUUUGUUUCAUCGUUGUCUGAGAUGAGACCCACCACAGGCGUAUCAAACUUCAUGAUGUGGUUGGUGCUGAAUGUUGGUGUGUAGUCGUGGGUCUCAGCAGGGUGAAGAGCAGGGGUUGAGCACGUUUCCCUGUGGGGCUCUUUUGCUCAGUGUGAUGGUGCUCGCAGUGUUAUUGCCUCUCCAGAAACCAGUUGCCCAGUGAGGCGUUGAGUCCUAGCUGGUCCAGUUUGAUAAUGAGCUGUCAUGGGAUGAUAGUGUUAAAUGUUGAACUAAAAUCUAUGAACAACAUUUGUAUCUAUGAGUUCUUAGUGCCCGUGGGGGUUAGACCAGGGUGGAGAGCAUCACAGAUUGCAUCCUUGGUCGACUGGUUGGCUUGGUAUGCAAACUGAAAUGAGUCCAGGGUGGAGGGGAGGAUGGAUUUAUAUGAGACAUGACUAGUUGUUCAAAGCACUUCAUGAUGAUGAGGGUGAGUGCAACAAUGAAAGAGGCCGGAGUGGACUUGGUUGGCACGAGUAUGAUAGAGGUGGUUUUGAAGCAUGCUGGAGCAACAGUCUGGCUUAGGGAAGUGUUAAAGGGGUCUGUGAAUGGUGUUGAUGGUUGAGAAUGUCCUUUUCACAGGAGUUUUUAACUGGUUAAGAAACAGUCUAAAACUGACACUGAGACCUAUUUAUGAUCCUCAGAAGCAGAUGAGACCUUCAGGAACAAGAAUAAUCAUUUCUUUGUUGUAAUUUUUUUAAUGCCUGAAAACGCUGCGAGGGGGUAGGUUCAAACCAGAUGAUUGGCAGUGGGCUGAAGAAAAGGUCUUUGUGAUAUAUUUCACUGUAAAAAGACAACAGCGUGACUUUUUUCUCUGAAAACACUAUUUUCAUAUGACAGGACAAGAGAUAAGAGGGAUCACUUUGUCCACAGAGGGCGCCAGAAUCAGUCCAAACCAAAAGUUCCUUGUAGUUCUACCCAGGGCUUUUCCAGUUUACCCAAAUUAUGAUAGAUUUAAAGCUAUUAUUGUAAGAAUGACACAUAUCCAUAAAAGUAUUCAAGUCCUUAAUUUAUCCAUUUAAGGCCAAAGUUUUGAAUUGUACAUUAAAACAUUGAUGUCGUAUAAUCUAAAACAUCAAACACUGACAACAAGUGCAUUAUGUUAACAUCACUAUAAUGUCCAUGUAGAUUCUCAUUCAUCCAGGUCAUGGUUAUCUUGAAGACUUAAAAACAGGCAACUGGACUGUGUCACUAUAAUGUUUUUCUCCACUAAUUUUCAGUUUUCUUCAUUUUGUUCUCAUUGAUGACCAACAUUUUUAUCAUGUUUCUGUUCUUACUAAUAGUUUAGUAUGUUGUGUGUUAUGCUUGUGUUCAUCAGCUCCAGAGUAUUUCAGCUCAGCGGAGACCUUAGAGAAGAGAUCAAGGGGCCAAAGAGUCGAGCUCUGAAGAGCACCUGCACACCGAAGACAUGUAAAGUGCUUGCUUGAACCCUAACAUUAGAAAAUCUUUUUAAAUUCUUCUCUUGCUGAUUUAAAAAUGCUGAAAAAAAUAAAACUUUGUCAGUAUUCUUCAAAACGGUGAUGUGUCUAAUUAUUUAUCUGCAUUCUCACAGGGUCCAAGAUGGUUGGUUGGCAGCUGUGCUCCAAUGCUUCCUAUCCAUUACCUGCUGCAGGUGUUUCUCUUCCCCCGCCAGGACCGGUUCAUGUCUCACUCAGGUUACUUAAACUGGACAGAGGACUGCAUUACUAUUUGCUGGAGGCUGCCUACUCACUGCUGCCUCAGGUUCGAAUAAUCUCCAAGUUUUAUUUUUACAGUGAUGCUCUCUUUCAGCAUGUGAGAUGUGCAUAACCAUAAAGUGGUACAAAUGACUUUAUAUGUGUGUGUGAGAUCUCCUUAUCUAAUGUCCAAAAGUGUGCACAUUGUCUGUUUCAGGAGGCCUCUUGGUUCCCCAGAGAGGCCUCACUCCAUCUCCUCUUGGCCACACCUCAGUCCACCAUCCCCAGGGACAUGUCUCUGGACCUGACCUUUAACCCUCGCAGAUUGCUGCUGAGACUUACCCAUCCUCUGAAAACUGUCCUCAUACAAGGUUGGUCAAGACUCUAAAAAAAGAGAACAAUCAAUGUUUGACAGGGUUUGAUGUUAAAAAUAUAUUGUGUUUUCAGGUCAACUUGAAAAAGAGAGAAAAACAACAUCAGGAAAGCUGGAGCUGUUGAUCGAUGGUGUCCAUUAUUAUAUCAUGGUAAAGGUAUUUACAGUAAAAAUGUCUUUAUCUCAAGGUUUCUCAGUAAUAAAAAGGUUUAUCUGUGGUCAUCCUCAGGGUUUGGUCGAUACUCAGAGCCUUCUUACUGAGCAGAGAACUCACUAUCACCUUGAAGCCAAAAUGGCCGCUAGUGGACAUCCUGUGAUCUUCUCUGCUAACGUCACUCGUGGGCUCGGCAGGAAAACUAGUUUCUCUGCGACCGUGAAGAAUGUGUUUAAAGAAACUGCAUCACUGUCAGGUAUUUGUCAGAUGCAGCUCAUUAGUGAGCAGUUAUUAUCUACAAAAUCAGUUAUUCAUGUCAAUGUUCAUCAUCAGUGGCACUGGAGCGUAGGCGAGACAGCAGCAGCAGGCAGCACUCUGUGGAGGCCGAGCUGCUUUUACCAGGAGUGGUGGGCACCAGGAUGCUUGGACUGAUGGAGCAGAAAGGCUCACUGUGGAGCUCUGCGCUCAGGCUCAAGUACGGACUGGGAGGUGUGUGACUGAAAAGACUACAGUAUGAAGUUAAGAAAAAAAGAAGUUGUUUGUGUUUCGGAUUUUAUAAAAUUUUUUACCUGGUUUGUAGAGAGAUGUUAGCAGCACUAAAGGUUCAGCUCCAAGAAAUCUCACUAAAGAGAAAGUUUUCCUAGACCGGUCCACAACAAAGAUUAUCCUCUGCCAUUUUGUCCUGUGUUGUUAUCUCUAAUUAAAGUACUGCGAUUGGGUCAGUGCGCCUGACACAGAGGGAAAAUUGCUUAAAUAACAGCGGUUUCAGAUCCACCUGCCAGCUAAGUUAAACAUGAGCAGACUUAUGGCUCUGGAAACAUCAGGCAAAUAAUCUCCCAUCUCCAGGGAGAAGCAUGUAAUUCACUUUUAAACCCCUAUCAUCACCUUGUGCUGACUCUUGUCCUCAUGUACAGGUGAUGCUCGGCACCUGCGUCAGGACUGCUACACAUCUCAGAGAUUGAGGAGUGAGAGGGACUCAAACCUGACUUACAUUAUGAGAGCAGAUCAUGAAUUUUACUGCUCCAACACCGCACCCAUCAACCACAAGGUGACAGGAGACAGUACGACUACAAAUGUUGUUAACCCCCUUAAGUUACUUGGAAUUAAGUUUAUACUUGCUGUAUUCCGUUUUGAAUAUAUAAGGGAUGCAUUCGUGUUCACUUACAGCUUUUAGGGUAUUCAGUCACAUUUGAGUGGAACAAAUAAAUUCACAUUUCUAUCCUUAAAGUUUUGUGGUUUCAUUUUCUGUGCCUCCACAGGUCAACUUUAGACACGAGGAUAGUCCCAGCCACAUAAAAUCUGUACUGGACAUCAGCUAUGGCAAACACUGGGACGAAAUCAACAACAAGCGCACUCUUCUCCUGAGCCAGUCCUUCAAAAAUCAGUCCUCACCAAAUCACACCAGCUACACACUGGAGGUAAACUAAACUGUGUGUGUGUGACAGUCUGUCCCCUUUCAGCAUUUGGUAAUGUCAAAUCUCGACUUCGAUCUCAAAUUACAAUUUUUGAUCCCAAAAUUGCUACCUUAUCGACAGAAUUUCGAUUUUUUAAUUUUAAAAUUUCGACCUGAAUCUCCUUCCUGUAAUUAUUUUUUUCCCCUUCAUUUGGUCCUGAUCCUCUUUCGUACUCCUGUCAUUUUAUUAGCUUGAAGUAGAUUUUUGUUCUCAGCCAUCACACAUAAAUUUCUCAGUGUGAGAUCCUCUUUGUUUGAACCUUUUACUGGUGUAAAUAAAAGGUUGCUUUUGUUAUUCCAGUUCAAUCUCCAGGUGCCAGAAAAGAAUUUAAUCUACAGGACUCAGCUCCUGCACUCUCACCUGAGGCAGCGGGGGGCUGAGAGCAGCACUCACCUUAAGGUCAACUACAACAACCUGAUGCCGCUGGUGGCUGGACUGCACUGGAAAAGCCCUCCAAAAGACACUGUGCAGAAAAAAUGGGAAGGUAUGUUGAGCCUUUGUACCAAACUUGUUAGGUUUGUAAAAGGAUAUUAAUUUAAAGAUGAAGUUUUAUUUUAAUCUACACCAACUGUCUUUAUGCUGUCCAGGCACUUUUAACAUGGACACACCGUGGCUGUACAUCUACACUUCACACAAACUGAGCCAACAACAGCACCACACACUGCAGCUCACAUCAGAGCUGACAACCAGCAAGUGGCUGACUGUCCGUAACCUCCAGCUGGAAGGUUUUUACAGGAACAGAGGCCGAGAGAAGGAGACCCGCCUUCAGCUCUACAUACCAGCGCUCACCUACAUCCAGGUAAAGAGAGAAGAUGCUGCUCUAUUCAGGUACCUGCAGUAUCAGGUUUUAUUGGUUUGAUUUCAUAAUGGUAAUCUCAGUUUUAUGCAUUUGUGGUUCAGUUUUGACUCAGAAUAAAAAAUGAAAUGUUAAAAAAAAAAUUGAUCAUUAUUGACAUUUGAAGAAAGAGGGUGUCUUCAGAAAGUAGAUGCUUUGUGCAAUUUUUUUUAACCUAUUCAAAAACCAAUAAAUUAUUUAACUUUGGUUAAGUCAGUUUCUUAUUUUUUUCAAAAUCAAACCUUGAACUUACCUGUCAUGUAAAUGCAAUUGUUCAGUAAACUGGUAAAAGUUGACUAAUAUAAGAUACAUAGUAUGAAACAGACAUGGUGUGGGUUGAGUAGUCUGCCAUGUCUGUUUAUUUUAUCCAUCAUGUCUUACAUUUUGUAUAACUUCAAAUACCAUUAAGAAGAAUUUUCACCUAUCUGUGUGAUAUUUUUUACAUGCCCAUCUCAUGCUCUCUUCAAACUCCUCAACCCACACAGGUAGAAGGUUGGGGUGUGGUGGGAAAGCAGAGUAUAAGGGUGUCCUGCUCCUGUAGCUCCUUGUGGACUCCUCUCAUAAGAGGAGAUAUCUCUCUGGAGGCUUCGAAACUCAGCCACUCCCUACAGAUGACCUCCACUUUCGGCAAGAACAACGCCAGCCUCACAGCCGUCCUGAACACAGCAGAUAAGGUGGGUGGAAACACUUGUGUCUAUGAAAUUUACCAUAAUCAUCCUGCAGCGAUUGUCCUCAGAUGUCAUGUUCAGAGUGGGAGACCUCUGCUGUCACGAUGUGGAUCAAUGUGACCCAGGUUACAUAAUGUAUGAAUGACAGAACAGAUAACAGUGGUAACAAAAUGACAAAUGUACAAACAACAAUCAGAGAAAAUUCAAAGGGAAAUCAGGCCAUUUGAUUCAAAAACACAUUUCUCAACCUUUUCACUUUGUUUAUUAAUUAUUUGUUUAACUCCAGCAGCAGUUAGCAGGACUGAUCGUAACUUUAGAGAAAUUUCCUUUUUAAUUUUGUAAAAGUACCUGCUGUGUUGUCUAACAGGUGGGUGGAUGAUAACUGUUGCUGUUAUCUGGCCUCAACUAAUAAUUUUGAAUCUUACAGGAUGACCAGACUUCCUUCAGAUUUUCCUGCUCAUUGUUGCUGACCAACUAUUAAUGAUUGGCAAUGUCUCUAGAGUUUGAUCUUUUGUAAUUCCUUGAAUUAACACUACAUACUUUUUUUUAAGAAGCUAAAAAAGAGGCAGGCGCAUCUGAAGAUGACUUUCUCGAAGCCGAAAAGUCCUCCUUCAGAUCUGGAGUUUGAAGGUGUGGUGGAAGAGCUGAGGAAGGACAAGAGGAUUUAUCAGAAAAAAGCAAUGCUUCACCUCAGGUCUGUGCUUCAAUCUACACCAGUCUGACACUGUCUUUUAUUGUUAUUAUUAUUAUUAUUAUUAUUAUUAUUAUUAUUAUUAUUAUUAUUAUUAUUACAAAAAUCAAUGACACCAGAGUACAGCUGGCUAUAACAGCUUCUUGGUAUCGCACAGACAGCCCCUCCAGAUCCUUCCUCAGACUCUACUCCUGCAGGAGACUUUCACUGUAGACCUUCUCAAAGGCCUUUACAUCAUGGAGUCAAAAGCUGGAUUCCAUGGCAACAGAGAGGUCAUCCACACCCUGACCCUUGGCUACCGACCACCAAAGCCUUUUGUAAGUUAGGAGCAAGAUAAUUUAUGGACUCAGCAUGUACAACUUACAAAGAGAGUGCGGGAGCGUCUGAUAUCUGUACUCUGGUUCAUCUUGCCCCUCUCUUUUGUUCAGGUGUGUUCAGCACUUGUUCAUCCUUUCAACACGGACAUUAUCCCCUCAGACUCAGAAAUAUGUGUGGCUGUGUCCAACAAUCAGGUAAACCAAUGCUUUGAAAAUUAAUCUGUUGGUCUUAAGUACAGUAUAUAUCAGCGGAAGUGUUCCCUAACUUAAAAAAUACCUGUUGAUUCUGAUUAUACUGAUGAUACUAAAAUCUGCUCUCCAGACCCAUAAGGACAUUCGAGGAAGAUUACGGGUCGGCAGCAAAGAGAAACUGACUUUAUUCGGUCAAGUCCAGUUGAACCCUUUGCACUCAAGUCACCACAUGAUUCAAGUCAGAGCCAACUACACCCAUCAGCUCCAGGUAAACAAACUCCUCUCUGAAUUGGAUACCAUUUUAUUCAUCAAAACUUCCCCAAUUGCAUCAGUUUUUUCUCACUUUGUGAGACGUGCAGACAUGUGUGAGUUGUUGUGAUUUCAGUCAGGAUGUGUUCAUGUAUCCAUCUCCAACGGUGUCAAUCAUAGUUUACUGUGGAAAAGGACAAACUUGUGACCGGUUCACUGUUGUUGCUGUUACAGCUGCAGAUCCCCUCCUCUGCUAUAGUAGAAGGGAAUAUACUUUGGGACCCCAAAAGCAACACAGACUUUAAUUAUCAGGCUGGAGGGAAACUGAGGAUUGAGCGACAGGAAUGCAGAGUGAGUAAAACAACUCACUUGUUCAAUCAGCAGUGUUUAAAUAAAGUUUAAUGUUUAUUUUUUGGUCAUUUUAGCUUUCGGUGCAGCUCAAUGGAACAUCAGGAAGAGUUGAUCUUCAUUCAUCGCUGAGGCAUCCAUUCAAAUCAAAAAUUCCCAAGACAUUAGAGGUGGGUUUGCAAACUACAAAUUCAGUGGUCAAGUCUUUCAACAAGUUGAGUUACUGGAAAAUGUUGGCAAUAAUGAGGUUUCUUGACUUCAAACUAAAUAACCAUUUUGCUGUGAUCCUAAGGUGAAAGCAGUUGCAGAUAUUGCCUCAGUAGCCGGAAGAGGACACAGCUCAGUUAAAGUGAAAGCCGAUGGGAAGGACAGGGUCAAACUGGAGGCCCUGAUGUCCCACUCUCUCCUUGGUGGAGACAGAGCCAUGGAAAUGAAGUUGAACCUAUCCCAGAGUGUGCUGCUUUCUGCCACAGACCUGCAAGUAAACAUGGCAGCCAACAUGUCCUCGGACAGGUAUGGACCUCCACCAUCUCAGAGGUGUCGGUGCAGCCACAUAUACUUAUCAGAUGUACAGUGACGAUGACCUCUUGUCUUGCAGCGUGUCUUUCCUCGGCUCUUAUUCACAGGGGCAUGAGGCUCUAAUGGCCCUUGUCAAAGGGUCUUUAAAAAACACACAGGGUCUCCAGUUGGCUGUGUCAGGGGACCUCAGGAACUCAAUUACCAGCCUUCAACUUUUGCCUCCUGUCCUGGGGCUGGAUGGGGUGCUGGGACAGUCUGACACCCUCACUGAAGGUAGCGGUCAUAUGAAAUGUUUCAUAGUUGCACAAUUCUGACAUACUGAAUGAAUUUGGAGAAAUAUCCUGAGCACUUGGCAUCAUUGUUUAUCUUGUCGCAGGACAGCUGAGAGUUCGAGUGAUGGAGGACUUGUACAGCAUUGAGCUAAAACAUCAGGAAGAUACUGAAGAUCCUCGGGAUAAAGGAGUAAUAACAGGAAAUAAGCCGUAUGUGUCUCGUGAUUGGCUGUGUAUUUGGUUUGGAGCUGAGCAUUUGUGUUUGAAUGUGAGCCGCCAACUUGGAGAUCACGGGACGGGUGAGAUCUACACAAGACUAUCUCACUCUUCCCACCUGCUCAGUGCCACAGGUAAUCUUGACUUUACACAUGAAUCACUUUACAUGUCGGACAUUAUGGUGUCUCAAGGUCUCUCUUUGUUGUUGUCUACUGGAUACAGGUGUACCUGCUAACAGCAGUGCCAAGGGGCAAUGGGUCAAUGCUGAAGGUCGACUAUCAGUCCUGGCAGAGCUGCAGGCCGGACUCGAACAUCUCAGAGCUGAGUAUGAAGGAGGCCAGAAGGACAGUGUUGUCCCACGAUGGGAGUACUUUUCCAGGCUGCAGCAUCAAGUCAAAACCCUGCUAGAAAGAGGCCUACCAAGCUCCAUGCAGGCCAAAGCACAUUACCAGGUGUAGGACCGUCAUCUAUUUUUAUCUUUAAAAAGUUAGUAUGUUAUUUAAAACUCAUUUGGAUUAAAUGUGUACUGUUGUACCAUUCCUGCAAUAAUGUAAUGAUGUUUUUUCUCUCCACUGUUAGUUCGAGGCAGACAGACUGGACACAGGCUUGAUACUUCACAUGGAAGACAAGAGAGCAGCAGAUGUCUUUUUUAAUGUUGGAGCCAAAAGUAAUACAGUUUUACUGGAAGUGUCCCUGUGGCAACAGAUACGGCAGCUCCAGGGGUUAAUACCGAAGUCUCUACAGGUAAAUAUGCAGUUUCUAUUUAGACUCCGAAAUCAUUGAGAGAAAAUUUGAUGUUAUCUACACAUUUUUAUCUACACAAAAUUUGGUCUGUGUCUGAAAGUACUAUUAUACAUCUCAAAAAAUCAACAUCAGUACUUCUUGACUGUAGGAGCGAAACUUUGGCUGCUCCUUUAUUAUUUAAACCCACACAUUUACCAUUGUAUUUAGGUCUAUAUUUAUUUUUUAUUUAUUUAUUUAUUUUAUUUUAUUUUAGAUUUUUUUUUCAAACAUGUGCGUGCAACACAAGACAGUACACCGAAAACGCACAAACAAACAAAACUAAUGGGAAUAUUGAAAACAACAAUAACAAUAAUUAAAGCAAAAAAUAAAAAAAUAAAAAAACUAAUAAUAAUAAUAAUGUGAAUCCAACAUGUCCAAAAAGGAGUGGGAUGACACAUUAUGCUUAUUUAAACCUACCCCUUCUCCACCACUCAAUUAACAGUCAGUCUCUCCAACAUAUUUACAUCAUAUUUACAAAUAAUAGAAAAUAAAUAGAGUAAAUAAACAAGAACACAAAUAAUUUAUGAAAACACCUGAUGUCAAAUUUUUAUAUACAUAUAUCAAAAUUUAAACGUUAAUUUCCAAUAAUUAUGCAAAGUUAAGCAAACUGGCUGCUUCCAUAUUAACUCGGCAGAAUGAGGUUUAUUUAUGUCAUAAAAAACAGCAGGCAUAUUUCUUCAGUUAUGUUCAAAUAGAUGUAAUUACCCUUUUUUCAUGGCCAACAGAAAACUAAUAUGAUCAUAAAUGUUUAACAGAGCUUUAAAGAGUAAAACAGAAAAACUGCACCCAUGUCUAGCACAUGUUGUUUCACUGUGUCAGAUUGGACUGGCUCCUUUGUGUCUUGGUUUCUUUAUGUUGCUGGUCAAAAGUUCAGUAAUUCCUCUAAAAUUCUUCCAUGUCCUCCCUCAGCGUCUUCUUAUGAAAAUAAAUAAUACUAACGGAGGGUUUUGUUUUCACAGAUGAACUGCACAGGGGACGCCACUGCAGACCGACUCUCGGCUCAGUGCUAUGGAAAUGUGGCUGGUGGCCCUGUGGAGGUACGAGUCUUUCGCUCCUAUAGGCCGCACAGCAGGCUCUGCUAUGGUCUGUGGCUCACUCUCUUUAGCCUCGGCGCUCAAGCUAAAGGCUGUCACGCACCCAAUGGCCUGAAAGAGCUCCGAGUCAGCCUCACUCAUUCUUCUGCUCUGCUGAUAAACCUGGGCCUGUCCACAAACUCUAGUCUCAAGCUUCUGCUCCGUCCUGGGCCUCAGAGGUGGGCUCUGGGGAUGGGGGUGGCUGUUGGCUCUCAGAAAAUAGACCUUAACCUAGGACUGAGGUUGGAGAAGCCUGGGCUGUAUGGUUGGCAUGGGCUGCUUGAGUUUGGGACUAGCAGUGUUUCUCACAAAGCAGAGGUGAUUGGUCGGAUGAGGUUGGAAAGUUGGUGUCACAUCUGGUCAGAUGUUAGUGUAGCUCUGGACUCAAUCACUUCUAGUCUGUUGGUGUCUUUCAGAUGUAAAGGGUCUGGGAAGCUAGUGUGGGUCCAGGUGAGGAGAGAUGAAGGGGAUGUGUCACACAAAACUUCUUUGAAAAUACUCGGACAAACAGUGAAAGAUGCAUUUAAAGGUUCUUUGGAUUUAGAAAAUGAGGACCAGUCUGUUCAGAGCCUUUUGUCUAUACUGCUGAAAGACCAAAGAGCUGAAGUUGACUGGACUCUUCAGCAUCACUGGGCCUCUCUUGCCGCCUUUGUCCCGAACAGAGUAGACCUCGAGGGGGCUGGUCAGCUUAGUAAUGACUCUCUCUAUGGAAGUGCUCUAGUCUCUGUCAAAACCCGCUCCGCUGAGUUCAACAUGACUGCUGCCUGGGAGCCGUCCAACACUUUGAGGGUCAAGAUUCAUCAAAACAUGUCCACUGCUGCUUUACCAGGGGAGCUCACUGUUAGCGUGACGGCGACAGAUCAUCGAACGGGACUCGAAGUGGAAAGUGAUGUGUGCUCUGUGCUUCUGUUGGGAAAUGGACACAGAGGAGAAAAAACCAGGAGGACCAGCUGGAGUUUGUUUGUCCAUCAGAGAUGUGUCUUACUGAAGGUUAGAGAGGAAACAAGACAAACCAUCAGGAAACUUGUUUCCCAACAGAAGGAAAGCAAAAGAAACAUCUUCAAUUUUCAGAUGAUUCUUGUCUUUCCAUAUCAGUCUCUGUUGCAUGAUCCCACCAGUGCAGUAUGAAAAAGUAUGAGUAAGACCAUAGCUAAAGUUAACCUUGGCCUCACCAUUAAUUUAAGCCACUCAAAUAAACAAAAGUUCAAGUUAGCAUUCACAAAGCCUCAAAUAAAAAGUUGGGACAGUCGUUUUGUUUUGUUUUUUAGUACCAGGUCAACAGGCUAGUUUUUCUCUCUUCAAUACUCCCCUCUUUGUCCAAAAACUUCAGGGCCUUGGUGAAGAUGCAGCAAACUGAUUAAUAAUUAAACUUUAAUCAAUCAAAUAAUAUCAUGAAGUUCUAAUUUAACACAUAUGAAACUUAAUUCUAGUGAAUAGAUUAAACAGAAUAGGGAUAUAGUCUGUUGGCAUGUUAGCAACAAUAGUUGAAGCUCCUAGAAAUACUGUAAGCUUCAAUGAAAUCCUUUAUAACCUGGUAGUCCAAUUUUACAGCAUAAAACUCUACAAGCAGUUUUUUAAAGCUUAUAAUUUUUUUAUGAUUAUGUAAAGCAAAUUACUUUAACUUAAUUGAAUUUCCCUUCAGGGGUCAAUAAAGUUCUUCUAAUUUUAAUUAUACAGCAAACGAGCAGACAUUUGCUAUUCAACUCUGCAAGAUGUAUCUUUGCACUGUCCAAAUUCAAAAUAGAGUACAUUAUUAAAACACUAUUUUACUGUCAUGUUGUGCAUAAUGGAAACUGCAAAGAUAUAAUGCAGGGAAUUUGAGUUUAAUAAUCAUCUCAGUGGUGGUCUUAUUUGUGUAUCUUAAAGGGAUAUUCCAGCGUAAAAUUAAUUUAGGGUCAAACACACCGUAAUACCGAGUUAGACAUCCCCUCAAGAGAUGAAUAUUGUCGACUGCUUGCUUCUCUAGUUAGACUAACUUUAGUAACGACCGCACAAUAGCAAUACACCACAGUCUAUGGCUCCAUGCGCAAACCUCAACCAAAACGCCACUCUAUAGCCACAAAUAAUGCUCAGAACAGCACCUAACUUCAUCAACAGUACACAAAAGUCCCAGCCAUACCACUAGCCACCAAACAUCUUUUUAGCUUUGCCUAAUUUCUUUAGCAAAGAGACUAAACACAACUCACCCACUCUCCUCCAGCAGCCGCUUGUUUGUAGGGGAGCCCUGACGAGUCGAUCACUGAGUGCAGCGGGGUGACGCAGCUCAAGGAAGAACAUUUAUGACCAUUUCUUCAUGGAAAUGCUAUCAGACCGAGACGCUAAGGCAGAAGAACUACUGCGUCUGCAGUGCAAAAAAGAUUAUUAUGAUGAUUAUUACUUCAAGAAAAUGAUAAAGAAAUGAUCACACUUAAGUUGGUAUAACUAUAGAAGCAAGCAGUCGACAACAUUUAUCUCUCGAGGCGGUGUCUAACUCUGUGUUACGGCGUGUUUGACCCUCACUUAAUUUUACGAUGGAAUCUCCCUUUAAGAUAUUUGUGAUUGCAAAGCUACCUGUCGCACUGUACACAGACGCAUCGUCAUGUUAACAUACUAUACUACUAUAAUGUAUUAUAAUAAAUAAUUAUACAUACUAUAAUGUAUAAUGCAUGCACAGUGUUUAGAGGUCAUGAAGAUUUUCAAUUUUGUAAUCAUUUGUUUUCCAUUUUUUCUUUGUAGAGUCUUCUGCCAUCACAAACCUCAGCCAACAUCUCCAUCAGUCGUUCUGGUUGUUCCACAAAUCUCAGCACCAUUUUCCAGGCUGAGGGUGAACAGGAGGGCAGCCUUAGUUUGAAUCUAUCUUGUCACCCACACCUCAGUCUGAAAUCAUCUGUGCAGCACUCAAUAGAACCGAUACAGCUGCUAGGAUUACCCACCCAUGGAGGGUUAACUUUGAGUGUUUCAUCAGCACAUCUGCCUGGUCUGGAGGUUUUACUGGAGUUAGGAGAUUGUUAUUUCAGAGGUAAUUUUGGGGAAACAAGGACUUCACAAACAGAAGAGGAGUGGUCUUCUUACACUUUUAAUGUGACCAACUACUGUCCAGCUCUACAGGUAGGAAUGUCUAUAAAUUCAGUCUGAUGUUGCUUGUGGAAAGCUGAAUAAACUUGAAUGUUGAAGUUUUAAAUAUUACUCUUACCACUCACUGUGACAGCACCCAGUCAUGUCUUUCAUCCCAGUUUGAAGAACUGGACUUUUAUGAAUGAUUCAUCCCUGUCUUUGUCAGCGCAGCCGUCUAAGGAAACAGCUGCCAAUUUAUUAUAAGUAUAAGCGAAGGAUCAUCUGUCAUGAAAGCAUAACAACACAGAAGAUUAUUUUCAUUUAAUUUAAUUUUUUUUUCAAUGCAGGGACUGGAAAGGUGCAGGAUGAAGCGGAUUUAUAAUCCCUGCACCUUGCUUAAAACAAGUAUCCACUUACAUCAGCUGUAACAACCCCAUAGAUGAAUCAAAUAAAAUAAAGAAAAGUGAUCAUAUAAAUAACCUUAAGAAAAGUUAUAUACAAAACAAGAAAAUAUAUAUAUAUAAAUAAAACAAAAAAACAUAAACAAAACCCUUUCAUCAUAACAUGCUUUUGUAUAGCUUCCAUAUUCUUCACUUAAACCUCAUCGUAAACAGAAAAAUGUUUCUGCAUUCUUUUUCCUCUGCUGUCAAAGAAUUCCAGAUUUUUACACCAACAGCAGAAAUACACAUUAGUUUUACAUUUGUUCUUACUAUUUGCUGUUUAAAAUGUAAUUUUCUUCUAUGAUUAUCUUCUUUUGAAACUGAAACUAAUAACCUCUGCAGAUUUGCAGGCAACAGUCCUCUUCUUGCUCUAAAUAUGAGAUGAUCUGAGCGAACUCAUGACCUUAUUCCUUGACCUGAGGACAGCCCUCACAACCUUUUGACUUUUAAAAUGUUAAAUUAUGUAAGUUAGUAGUUGGUCACACAUUCAUGUACUGUAUUUACAUUUACAAAAGUCCCCCUGAUAAGCAAGUCAAGGGUUUAUUUAUUAACUCUAAAACACUUCAUGUUGAGUUUAUUUUGAUUUAACCCUCCAUGUAAAGUGUCAGUGUUAGUAAAUGUGCCAUUAGUUGAAACCCUUUUAUUCCAAAUCCUGCAGAGUUUUUAAAAAAGUUUGUAAUUCAUCCAUGUUUGUCUCUGUUGCAGGGAACAAUCCUCCCUGUGUCAUCGUCUCUUCAGAGCGUCCUGUUAGUCUCUCCCUGCCGGCUCUCUCUGACCUCCUCUCUACAGGCAGACGACCAGGACCUCUCCCUGCAGCUGAGUCAGCUCUGCAGGCCUCCUCGUCUCUCUGGGACCCUCACACACUCGUUCCUCACACUAAGGAGCCACGGUUUUCCCCACAUAAUCAGUAUAGAGGCCUCUGCUCCUGGGGGCCUUGAACAGAGAGGGGCCCUGUUUAUUAAAGCUGGGACAUGUUAUAUCAGGGCCCACAGAGUCAUGGAGACUAAAGGCAGGGAGCAGUGGCUCUGGGCUCUGGAGUCAGCAUGUCCACUGAUACAGGUACUGUUGAUCUCUGUGGCUGAUUGCUAAAGCUAGCUAGAAGUCAUAUUGAAUUGUGUCAGCUCAUAUUUCUAUUCCAAUGAUAGUUUGAGGUUUUGAAGACAUGUUUAUACUUCUACAACAGACCCCAAACACAUACAGGUGAAUUCAGAAGCCAUAUAUUUUAUAAGCUAUGUCAUAUUUUAAAAUCCAAAUAAAAGAAAUCCGUAUAAGGUGAGCAUUUCUGAGCUUUAGCGUGAUUUUGACCAAACAGAAACUAUCAAAGGGCAAAAAACUUUUAGUGUUGAUAAACUGUAUUUUAGUUAAGUGCUAAGGUUGUUAGAGCCUUUGUUGUUAUUUGAUUUCCUCACUGCAUUUGAUUUUUUUCCACAUUUUUUAAACCAAUCUUUAAUUAACAAUAUUAAAUACAUUGUUUUAUUCUUUUAUACAGUAUCAAACAGUUGAAUAUGUCAUGAAACAGCAUUGUAGAAUUGAGACUACCUGAUUUAUCUGUGUGGAUUAACCCUUAGUUUGAUCUGAUUUACUAUGUUAAUGAUGUAGUUCAGUAAACAUACACAUAUACUCUACCCUCACCUCCUCUUGGCUUAGGGAACCUCAUUAACAAAAUGAAAAAAUCUGAUCCUUUAAGAAUCAUCUGAUCCUCUGAAAGUGUUUGCCGAUGUUUGUGUUUGUUUGUUUAUUCCACUCCUAUAUAUAGUAACAGCAUCUGUGUGCAUCUCUAUCCAUGCUAGACUCAUCUGAAUGGCUCAGUUUGGCAGGACCCUCAGGGGAUCUGGACCAUCACUGCAGACACUAAUAUAGAGGGCAAAAGAGGUUUCCUGAGGCUGCAUGCAAGGACAAAUCCAGACUUCAGUGUGGAAGGUGAGCUCAGACACAACCACCCUUCUCUCGGUGAUGUCCCUCAGCUCUCCAGGUUGAGAGUGAACUAUAAGGCAGGGAAACAACGAUAUGACAGCGAAGCCUUCAUUCAGAUGGACGGGUGUACUGUUGGAGUCAACGGAGGUGUAAUGUCACAGGGCAGCCUGCAGGGGGUGUUGGUGUAUCACAACAACUGCACAGUGAUUCAGGUACAGAACACAAAACUGACAGUGAUUUAUCAGCCAUCACAUCUAUGAUCAUUUCCAUUUUCUGAUUUUCAUUGUGUUUACAGGAGUGGGGAAGUCCUGGCAGGGUGCGGUCUUCAGUCUUGUUGGUUGUCAACCCGACUGUCGCUGAAUCUCAGCUCACCUUGGCAUUAGAUGACAAAGAACUAAAUGUAUCUGUGGUGCAAAAGAACAACAAGGUGAGGAAAUACAGUGACAUUUUUAAAAAAUUACAAAAUGAUUUAAAACUAAAACUACACAAAUAUACAUAUGAAUUCAAACUUCACUUCAAAUAGAUUUAGCCCCAGUUGAACUGUUCUCACAGAUUUGGACUGUAGUUCAUGUAUUAUAUCAUGUAUUUCCCUUUAGGCUAAAAAUGAAGUGUUGAUGAGUCUAAACCACUCUGUGCCCCUGCUGAAGAGACUGGGACUUCCUGUUAGUGCUGCAGUAAUAAUGAGCUCUGGGUUUGGUGGAGAUGGCUCUUAUUCUUACCUCGUACACAGCAGAGCAGGACAUCAGAAGGUAGGAGGCAGCAGGAGUGCUCUACAAUAAAUUCUGCCAUUUUGAUGUUUGAUGACAUGUUUUCCUCAGAGGCUAUGAUGUUGUAGGGCAUCAAAUGAAAUGCAGCAAGAAAAGGAGGCGGGCCUGCCCACUUACUCAAUGACUGAAAUAAGCUUUUCAGCUCCAUAGUUUGUAUAAAGUGAUAGGCUGGCACCACAGGUCUUUUCCAUUUUGUUCUUAUCCUUUUGUGGAACUUUUGUAGACCACUCUGUUUUUCCAGACUGUUGAAUGUUUGCUCUCUUAUCCUCCAGAGUUCAUGUCUUUGCUUUGCCCAGAACAUAUCUCUUUUUAUCAUUAAGUAUUUAUCUUUACUCGAGAUAUAAUUGGAGUUAAGGUUAGGUCAGAGACCGGUAAGGUAACGGAGACAACUUCGCACCAUUCAGACUCCCAGUAACGUGAGUCUGGUCCUUCCCAAGGUUUCUGCCUGUUAAAAGGAAGUUUUUUUCCUGCCACUGUCACUCAUGUUAGAUGAGAUGGGUCAAAUCUAUCCCAUUUAAAGGUUUGGUCUUGGUAAUUCAUCAAACAAUGAUGGUCAGACAUGCUCUUUUUUUGGAAAGCAUCUUGGGAUCAUGGCCGUUGUGCGAUUGGUGCUAUAUAAAUAAAAUUUGAUUUUAUAUGAUUAAUGAAUUAAAAAACAUUUACCGCUCCAAUAAGAACAGAUUUUGGCAAGUAGUGCAAAGCUUUAUGACCAGUCUCUUCCUGAUGCCUUCAUCUGCACAUGUGUAAAAACAUUUUCAGACAAAAAUUGCAAAAAAAAAAAAAAAAUCAUUUUUAUCUUCUAAAUGUUUAAUGUUUCACAAUCACCUAUGUUAUGGCAGGGAUGAUGGGUAUAAAAAAAUAACUAUACAUCUAACCAGUGUUAUUUUUGAUGGUCUUACUUGCUCCCAGUCACACUCAAAACCAACUGAACAUUGCGAACAAAUGCUUUAAGUAAAGGAAAAUGUUUGAUUUUGUAGUCCUGAUUCAGACCUUAACUUGUUAGAUAUAAAAGCUCUCUCUUCAAGUUCCCGCUUUGAAAUAAUCAGAGUGAUAUUCUGCUGUUUUAAUGGAAAUCGGAUGGUGAGUUCUAACAUGAGUGGGCACAUAAACAGCUCUCUGAAUGCUUUACAGGUGACUCAAGAGAUGACGGUAAUCAAGACAUCAGAGACAGUCAGAGUCAAGAGUAAUUUUAGACACACUGUGAACUAUCUGAAGAAACUGGGCGUCCCUGCUAACAACAGCAUCCUGGUAAGAAACAGUCCAAGUUCUCACAGUUUAUUGGCUCAGUCUCAUUAAUGACGGUGGAAAUGCUUUGAGAGGCUAAAUGUUACGACUUUGUUUGCAGAUCGAGUUUGGCUCUUCUGAAGGGAAAACCUUCACCGUACAGUCGCAGUUCAGAGGUCAGCAGGCAGGAAUCAGAGUGAAGUUGAAAAGUCUCCCAGUGACGAAGGAGAUAAGUGGGACCAUGUGGUACACCUGGGUGUGGCUGAAGGACAAAGGACUUCCCCUGAAUACAGAGAUAACAGUAUACUUAUCACAUUUUUAUUUUGUAUUGUUUUGUUCGAGCCACAUUUAGGAUAAACCUCCUUAUCACCUCUUAUUUUCUUCACCAAGGGUCUGUGCUCAAUCCAGGGGGUUUCUUCUGGUCUUCAGUCCCGGGCUCAGCUCUCCGUGGAUGGACACAAGCUUUUUCUCUCUGGUCUGAAUGUCAGUUUGUCUGAUGGGCAUCUAUCCCUGCUGCUGUCCUCCUCUCAGCCAUCUUCUAAUCAAACAGAGACUCGGCACAGUCUGGGCAUGUCUCUGACUGCUCAGUUCAAAGGUCAGCUAAUUUUGACGUCUAUGUUAGUGUACGUGUGCUUUGUUUUUCUUACAAUACUCUUUCCUGGAAUUUGGGAUGUCGAAAUAAUUUUCUUGGCUCCUUUGUUCUUUCAUAAAAUUUAUCCAAGGCUGUUGUUCAUGAAAACUAAUGCAACAUGUGCCUCUUGAUUUAUGUCUCCCUUUGCCUUAAACCCUGCCAUUAGAGUGCAGUAUUAAAGACUGACCAGCAGGUGUCACUAUUAAUCGAAGUAGAAUAAUUUUGGGCAGUCAGUUCCAAGUCUGCAGAAAGUGAAACUAGUGGAGAUUUGUAAAUUUCAGAAGGGUACAUUUUUCCCCUCUAGAAGAUAUCUCCUGAUUGGUCUGAGGAGCUGAUUUAAGUUUUCAGUCAAACUCUCUGUUGGUUCAAAAAGGGAAGGACAAAGAAGAUAGAGUAUACUGAAAAGUAAAGAGUGAGAUACAAAGGAAACAUUGAGGGUUUAAAAGGGGUCUCAAGCUAUCAUUAUAUGCUUGUGUGUAUACAUAUUUGUUCAUGUUUGACUUUUACUGUCAUCAGAGGGGAAGUAGGGGCCAAUUUAGAGGAAAUUAUGUGGGAUACUUUUUUUAAAUCAUAAAUGGAGAAUGACUCUGUUGCAAAUCAAAAAGAGCUGAUCUAAAUUAUGAGAAGUUAGAUCGUACAAACAGGCCAGGACUGGUUUUGCUAAUUUGAAUUUGAUAUAUAAAAAUGUCAAAGAAAGUGAUUAAAAUCUGAAAAACAAAAGUACUAUCUGAAGUUUAACAAUGCCAAAGAAGUCUAAAAAUAAUGGAGCAGUAUGAGCAGUUAAGAUCGUUAAUCAUCAUUUUAAAGUCUUUUCCUCAUUGAAAACUUGAAUUAAACAAUUUUUUAUGUACAUGCCAUUCUUUUAUUCCCACAAAUAUAUAACAGGAAAAUAAUCACAGGAACAAAGAGUCAUCUUUGUAAAAGGAAAGGACAAUUUAUUAUGUAGAAUGACUUUAACUUUUAAAUCCACUGCUACAUUCCUCUGUGCAGGGCCUCUACGAAGCGCCUCUCUAGACAUCUACAGACAUGACUGGAGGGUCGUAGUUGUGGGGGAUAUAGGAGGCUGGGGGGCUCAUGGAGGGUCCAGAGAAGCCAGAGUCACACUGAGACACAUCCUGCAUGGAGAAUCCAGCCCCUCCUUACAGGUUAGGAUAACAUACUUUCAAUAUUUCCAUACAUUUGCCCUCCAAGCUGACAGUGUCUGUGACUGUGACCACAGGUGGAGGCCUGGGGCAGACUAACCGAGUCACAGCUGAGGUGCUCUGUGGCUGUGAACCCAGAACGCAGCUCCUCAUUAGCACUCAUCAUUCAAGGCCACCGUCUGUCUCACAGGUACUGUAAACACACACGUAGAGAAACUGAAUCAGUUCUCCUAUCUGGUGUCAUUUCAAUGAUGGAGGUUCUUUUGUCCAGUAAGGACCUGAUGGUGAAGAUGGUCCAAAGUUUUCCCAUGAUGCUGGUUUACCUGCCGUCUCAGCUCAAUGUGCGCUCUCAGGUGAGCUCUCAUUACCCCACAGACACUUAAAUCAAAAUCAUGAAAGUCCUGCACUUGGAUUCUGAAAAAGUGAUUUCUCCUAUACAUCCUUCCAGUUUGUUAUUUUUAAAACCCACAUGUCCUUGUGUUUCUUUUGUAUAACAGUCACUUUUUCUGAGACGUUUUGACAUUCCUGUAAAAGACUCCAGGGUCUAUUCUUUUGAUGUAUUGACUCAACAUCUUUGCAUCAGAUGUGGUCUGCGCCUCUAUAACCUUUCUGUAAACAUUUUUAUCAGCCAUAAAAAACUAUUUCACGGCUGGAUAUGUUUCCCAUCACAUGCUGCCAUCUGUUAUCUGUCUUUGCAGCUGAACCAGUCUGAAUCCAGUGUUGCAAGUUUGGUGGAGGUGUUGUCAGGCAGGAGGAGGUUGUGGACUCUGGCUGAACUGACAGCCAUAGAGAGUGGAUACAGACAGAGUAUAGAGCUUAAACACUCGUACCCACAGGUACCCCUGAGAUGAAUAAUUAUUCUCUCUUCAUAAACACCAACGCUAAUUCACAUCCAGCUCUUGAAUUUUUCAGUUAUCACUUCUUUCUCUGUAGUUAAAGCCAAUCCCCAGAGCCAUCGCAGUGAGGACUGUGUACGAGGCAAGGAACUGGACCUAUCAGGUUCAGCAUGGAGCCGUUUGGGGGAACCAGGAGUUCAGCCUGUCUGGUCUCUACUCUGCUCCCCCUGCUCUGGAGCUGGGGAACCAGACGCUUAAAGGUAAACCCAUUUUAAUCAAGUUGUUUGGGUUUUUACGUUGAUUUGGUAGAUUUGUUGUAGUUUAGUGUUUUUGGUCAUUCUGUUGUUUAAGUUGUUUUGUGUUAAAGGAAUCAUAUCAAUAAAGUUAUUUUGGUCAUUCUGUAUGCAUUUUUACAUCAGGUUUUGGGCCUCCUCUGGUUUCUGAUGUUAUUGUCUCUUGUCCCUGACUGUAGUUCAGAUCAGCUGCGUUCCCCGUUGGACCAGUUUGGAGUUGAUACUGGAGCGCUCAUUACACAGCCAACUGGACAGUGUUGUACUGGGCUGGACUAGACAUGGGCGACUAGAGCAGGUCCGACUCUAUAAAGCAAAACAAGGAAAAAAAAUAUCACAUUAGUAUUACGAUGUAAUCCCAGAGGUUUUUUACAACAGCACUGAGCAAAGGAGCUGUCUACAAAUGAUAUUUAAAAAUCACAUUUUCAAAAUGUGAGAUGAAUCAGGGAUUAUUUUUGUUUUAUCUAGAAAUGAAAGUUCAAGUUGUGGCUAAAAUCCCAGCAAAGAGCAUGAACCUGAUCUGUAUGUAAGAGUCCCUUGUUCCCUCUGCUCUGGCUUCAACACACAACAGAGAUAAAUAAAUCAGAUCAUUUCAUCAUAGACACAAAUACUCCAGUACAUCUGGUUAUUAAGUAGGAUCUACACAGUUUUGAGUUGGCUGCGUAUAUGCUUAACAUAUAUGCUGUCAAUGAAGACAAAAUGAUUGUUGUAGUAUUUUUAUCUGGUUUGGGUUUCUGCACAGCUCUCUGCGGUCACACACUGUUGAUUUUUCAUCAGGUUGGAGUUGUGAGCUGGUGGAGUCGCUCAGAGGAAAUCAACGAGACCAAACUGGAGCUGAAACAGCCGUUCUCCUCUACACUCGGCGAGAUGAGCCUUCACAGUCUGACCCAUUCGUCACACAAGGAUCAACACAGCAGUCACACUGUAAGCUCAGCUGACCCACUUUUACCAGUUCAAAAGAAGUCUCAGCCCCAAAACAAAAUGUAGUCACUCUUGUUAUCAUGUGAUUUGAAACAUCAACUAAAACUCUUAAACUAAAAUAUCAAAAACACCUUCUUUUGUAAAGUCUAUAAUUCUACAUACUUGAAUUUGUGAUAUAACUGCAAAAACAAAUAAUUUCUCUGUCCUUAGAUAUUUUAUACACCUGAUUCAUAUAUUUAGUCAGAGCCAUAUCUGCUGAGAAUUAUAUAAUUUUUUCUUUAUUUACAACAUUUGAUCGUUCAUGUAGACCCACCUGGCAUGGAACAGCACUGUCCCAGUCAACAUCUCCAUCAACCUGAACAAACAGUGGCAGAAUAACUCCAGCAGGGGGCAGUCUUGUGCUCAGUUCACAGCCCAACAGGUUGGUAGAACCUGCUCAAACUCCUUGUUUGUGAUUGUGUUCUAUAGGGAACCCCACUGAGUUGGAUAUAUGUGUAUGUUUUGUGCGUAGAUGCUGGUGUCGUUAGUUAAAGGGUGUGUGUCGGUGGGUCAGGACGGGAACUCACUUUCUCAAAACGCAGAGUUAAGAUGGGACAACAGGAGCAUCAAGCAGGGAAUGAAGUAUCAGGUACUGACUUAACACUCUCCUGUGAUGUGUUAACAGAUGGUUUGUAUUUCGGGAAUAAAAAUCAGUUCGUGUUUUUGUAUGUCAUGUCUAGAAGGGUCUGCGAGGUAUGCACAGCCUCCAGGUUAAUGUUGGCUUGGAUAAAGUGUCUCCUGAACCCUGUCCUUCACACACAGUCCUUACUAAGGUCCAGACGAACAUGAGGGAUCAUUUGGAGCACAUGGUGCUGCUUGGCCUCUGUCCCCCCCAGCCUGUGAGUCCUCGCAGCUGCAUUUCUUCCCCUCAGGCUGUUAUUAAUGGAUUUUCUUUCACAUUUGUGGUUGUAAAUGAGUUAUGGUCUGUCAGUGUGUGGUUAUGCUGCACUAUAUUAAUUUCCUUGAACAUACAGUGAUGGAUACCAGCUGAAUAGUGAUUUUAUUUCCGGUAAUUGAUAUGUCAAUUUUGAACAUAUAUAUUACGCAGAUGUUUCUUGAUACUUUUACGACUUCUUAAUCCCAAAUUUUCAGAUCUUCAGGAUGUCUCUGGGCUGUUUUCCUGUGUCAUCAUCCGCUGUUUCUUCUUUCUUUGUGCAUGUGUCAGGUUUUGAUGUGGUCAGGAUCCCACAGAGUGAGGUCUGGAGAUGAAUUGUUUUAUUCCCAGUCACAACUGUCAGUGGUGGGGCAGCCCAACAAGUGCAGCCUUACUUUUGCUCUGACCAACUCAUCCAGACCUAAUGGCUCUAAGGUGUCCCUGUUCUCUGAGGUAAACAACUCGAACAAGCCUUCACCGUGUUUCAGUGAAGAAUCAUGACUUUAGUUUAAAAAAGCAUGCAUGUUCUGUCACAAUUACAGGCUACAUUUGUUUUACGACAUUUGAGAUCUGUAUUCAAUUUGGUUUAAAAGCACUUUUUGAACAGUGGCUGCUGCUCUGCUUUUGCUCUCUUAUCAUUUUCUCUCUGAGACCAACAGAAGUACUACCAUGAAAAAAGAGUAAAUUUUUUAGAAAGGUAAAAGGUAAAGACUCCGAGUCUAUCCUCACAUCCUAGACGGUAAAGACGAGGAUUUGAGCUUAGAGUAUACUUGUGACAGGUUAAAGAAAUACUCUCAAAUUUAAAGGGAUAUUCCAGCAUAAAAUUUAUUUAGGGUCAAACACAUCAUAACACCAAGUUAGACACCCCAUCCAGAGAUGAAUGAUGCCGACAGCUUGCUUCUCUAGUUAUACCAACUUUAGUAAUUUCUUCAUGGAAAUGUAAUCAGAUCGAGACGCUAAGGCAGAAGAACUACUGCAUCUGCAGUGCAAAAUGAUUAAUAUGGUGAUUAUUACUUCAAGGAAAUGAUAAAGAAAUGAUCAUAAAUGUUCUUCCUUGAGCUACGUCACCCUGCAGCAGUCCGUAAUGGACUGGUUUGAGGUCUCAUUAGAAACAAGCGGCUGCUGGAAGAGAGUAGGUGAGUUGUGUUUAGUGUCUUUGCUAAAGAAAUUAGGCAAAGUUAAAAAGAUGUUUGGUGGCUGGUAUGCUAUAUGUACUGUUGAUGAAGUUAGGUGCUGUUCUGAGCAUUAGUUAUGGCUAUAGAGUGGCUUUUUGGUUGAGGUUUGCGCAUGGAGCCAUAGACCGCUGUGUAUUUCUAUCUGUGGUCGUAACUAAAGUUGGUAUAACUGGAGAGGCAAGUGGUCAGCAUCAUUCAUCUCUCGACAGGGUGUCUAACUUGGUGUUAUGGUGUGUUCGACCCCAAAUUAAUUUUUCGCCUGAAUAUCCCUUUAAGAACAAUUAUGACUAAGUUGUUCUUGUGAGGAAGUAGAUGACAAGCUUGACACUGUUUUUAAGUUUGUAAGAUAAUAUUUGGCUGUAGACAAGCUAAAUAAAGGUAACUAGCCUGUGAAACUGUAUUUUAUAAAUGUGUGUUUGUGCUUGCGCGUUUGUCCUCUUCACAGUCUAGGAUUGGUAACUGGAGUGUGGAUGUCACUGGCAGUGCUCUUUCUUGGCUCGGGGGGUCUGGACUGCAGGUACAGACCAGACUAAACCGUGGGGAGAAGAUCUGGUUGAAUGGGAGUGUAGAGAGGCAAUGUCUGAGGACCACAGCGGGCUAUAUGAGCGGUAAAUGCAGAACCUCUGAAGUUUAUACAAAAGUAACACAACGUUUUAACUAGAGUUUUGAAGAGUUCGAUCUUAUCGUGUCCAGGUCCAGGCCUUGAUGAGGACGUCACAGUUGCAGCAUGUUUGGGGUCAAAUCAUAGUUUGGUGCUUGAUGUGCAGAGAAGAGACCGCAGCAGAAAAAGUGAAACUCUGGGCUGGGUGUUUGUGGGAUCGGCCAAUCAGAGGCUGAUGCUGGGAGCGCGAGGCUCUUUGGAAAGUCUAACUGCAAUGGAGGUAUCCCUAAAACUGAAGUUGUGUUUUUGUUUUAGUGCAGUAUGACAAUGAAAAACUGUGUAAUGUUAUCCAAACAGGGGAGGAUUCGACAUCUGAACUCUCAGAUACUGAAUAAACUGUUGGGGAAACUCAGGAUGUUGCAGCAUCUCCUCGUCCAAUUCAGACAACAGGUAUCUGCAAAACACAAACUCCUGAAUGUAAACAUAUGCAUGACAUGAUCAGCCCAGCAAAUGCUGUAAGGAUACACUGGUAAAUGAGCAUUUCUUGACUCAAUUAGUUCUUUUCCCUUCAGUCUCAGGAUAGUGAGCUUCUCCAGGAGCUGAGCGAGGUGCCUCUUCACAUAGUCCAGCGAGCAGAGGCGCUGCUAAAAAACAGGAUGAAAGAUUCUUUGGCUCCGUGGCAGAGCAGCGUCCUGCGGCAAAUUAUGAUCAACACUCUGCCACACUUCUUAGGCUUGUUGCAACAUGCCUCUCUACUGGGACAACAGGAGCUGAGGAGUGAGUCCAGCAUCAUCCGUCACUGCUGUGAACUGCAAGCAAUCAUGACAGAGAAAUGAUAAUUCGAAAAGCAUUUCGCCUUUUGGUUUGAAGACUUAACUUACUCUAAAGCAGCGAGAGGCUUUUACAAAAAUGUGUCCCUAAGCUUCUCCAAAGACCUUUGGAAAUGAAGGUGUAAACUGUGUUAUUGCAUUUUGGUGUCAGAUUUCACUCAAAUAAGUUUUCUUCAGGACAAUGAGAUCCAGUGACAGGGAAGUUUUUUGGAUUUACAGUAUAUAGCAAACUUUAUCUGGUUUUGUAGAUCCUAAAUUAACUUUAUGUAUUUACACUGCGUCAGAGAUCAAGAUAAGAUAGUUAAGUCAGUCACUGCCUUUUCUCAUGGACACAAAUCUAAUUUUUGACUUGUAAGACUUAUACGCUCCUCUUCUACGUCAUUAACAGAUGCACAAAAAUAUCUUUUCCAUCAUAUCUUGCUUUAUAAUUCAUCUCUGACAUAGUCAUAUGAUUUUAUAUUGCUGACGUCUGCACCUCUGGCUGUUUUGUUUCUCCAAACUCAAGUGUGACACAUGAUCUAAGAGACGUCUCUCUGCAUUCAACAUGAAAACACAAAUCCUGACACUGCGCUCUGUACCUCCUUCAGGGCCUCUGGCGACUCUUGCAGGUGUGUACCAGGAUGUGAAGGGCCAGAGACCAGAGGCAUUGUGGAGGGAAGCUGUUUCAUUGUGGACUGAGGGGUUGAUGGAGGUCUUACCUGCUCUGUUGGAGAACCCCCAGCUGAGACCACUAACUCAGGCCUGUGUGGCCACACUCAGCGCUGCUCUGGAUAUAGUGAGAAAUCGGCACAGUGGUGCUCUUUUUAUGGUUUUACUGUUUGAGCAAAGGUAGCUUGGUGAUUUCCUUUUUCACCUCCUUAGCUGCGUUUACAUGGGCACAAAUAAUCGGAAUAAAUGCCCGAACAAUGCGUCAUGUAAACAUGUCGAUCUGAAGAUUUUGAUCAAAUUCGGCUCAAUCGGAAAGAGAAUUGUAUUCCGAUCAGAAGGGGUGGUUUAUACCGAUUGUUAUUCCGAAGCGCGUCCAUGCGAACAUUGAUUCCCAUCAUGACUCUCUGUCUCUUUAGCCUUUGACUUAUUUAUUGAGGUCAGUACAGCAGGUUUCAUUAUUAACACUGUCAUAGAACACAUCCGCAGGUGCCGUGUCUGCUCCUCCAAUAACAUAACAAGGCGUUCAUACAGCGUGAUGAUGUCACAUCUGCACGCACAGUGCAACCUUUGACAGAACAGUAAAAUAAGUACGCAAGGGCGCCAUCUAGUGACAACAUUUAACAACAGGGGGGAAUGGGAUGGAGUAAGCCACUACUAUGUUUGUUGGUUUGUUGACAGCACAGGCGUAAAUACAACUCUUCUUCUGCGGUUGUUUUAGCGAAAUCAGACAACUCUGCGCAUAUCCAAAUGCUAAACUGAAGAAAGCUUGGUGCAUGUAUACGCACUUCAUGAUCGGGUUAUUUGAUUUUCCACCCAUAUAAACAGUGGAUUCAUAUUAUCUGAUCCCUCAAUUUUUAAUCGGAUCAAGAAAUUUUGCACAUGUAAACAUGACUAAUGUGUACAUGAUUGUGUUUACAUACACAUCUUACAUUAACUAAACACAAUCUGUAAUAUCAGCAUGUGUACAACACCCUCAUGCACUUUUGUAUGAUCGAUGUGAUUCAGGCAGGACAACAAACCUACCACUGGGUGGAGAACAGGUUGGCAAUGGCUCUGUCUGGAGUCAGGAAACAACUGGCGUCUGUCUACAAAUUCUCCCUGAGGUAAUGCACAUGUCUGAGAGGUACAUGAGGAGAAACUCCCAAAGCCCAUCCUUUCAUAAAAUACUACAAGAGAUCAAGAGAGGGAUGUUUUGAAGAUAAUAUCUCUGUAGGCCCAUCCAACCCAGAUGAAAAGGAGGCACACUGUAAAAACUCAGCUAAACUGCCUUUAUUUUCUGGGGGGAGGGGAUUUGACUGAUUUUUAGCUAUAUUUACAGUAAGUAACUUUAAAUCAAAUUCUAUUAGAUUGAUGCCGGCUGAUAUAUGGUCAAUUAAAUGCUCUGCCAGAUGCUAGGAAGUGACUCUCUUUAGAUAUUUUUAACUGAUUGCGCUUUAUUUCUCCAGUGAGGGCUCUGUGAUUGUGUCCAUGCCGCUGCCACCCAUCCCCUGGUCAAGGAUGGCCAAAUCUGGUCUGGUGGAGAUCCUCCUGGAACAGUGGAUCCUGCGGCCCCUGCAGACUCUUGCUUCCAUCAGACCUGUGGCUGAAUUGUACCGUCUAAAAAGGAAAAUCAUGGAUAGCCCAUUCAUAUGUAAGACUGGAGAUGGAUGUUUUCCUGCAAUUUAAGAACAGGGUCUCUGUGAUACAGGAGCGUAACCGGGUAAACCUUUUGUUUUUGUCUUAAAGAUCAAGCUUUGUUGGUGGGGGAUCAGUUUUUGGUCACAUUCGACGGUCACUUGUACGAGCUGCCAAACUCUUGUCCUCAGCUCCUCGCUCAGGAUGUUAGCAUUGAAUCCUCGUUCACGAUAAUGCUCAGUUCAGACUCCAACACUUUACUUCUAAUCAGGAUGGAUAACAACACCAUCAGCAUCCAGAGAAACGGACAGGUAUGAAUCAAUGUUAAACUCAUCUUAAUAUGAGCCAAGAAGCGAAAAGAGCAAGCAAAUAUCGUCCUCUCUUAGGUGAAAACCAACUGCUGCAGUGCUGUGACACACACAUUUCACAGUGACAAUGGAGUGUCAGUCAGAAGAGGGUCAAACGUUGUUCAGGUGACCAGUCAAAAUGGAGCUGCUGUGUCAUGUGAUCUGCGGCUUCAGGUCUGCAGCUUCACUCUUGAUGGAUGGUCCCAUGGUAGGAAACAAAAAUCUUAGUAAAACUUCAUCAGUGUUUGGACUUACAUUUUGAACGCUCAUUUGAAUUUUAAGAAAACAGUUUUUAAGUAAUCUCUGUCUCUUUGUUUACACAGGCACGUCUAUUGGUCUUCUUGGAACGAAUGAUAAUGAAGCUGGAAAUGAUUUCCCUCUGCUGGAUGGAUCUCAGGCUGAUGACAUGGACAGUUUUUUCCACAGUUGGCAGGUUAGACAGAUGCUGAGCUCUUGUGUCCGCUGGGGGCGAAUAAUCCAUCAACACUGACAGAUACAUCCAUUUAAUCAAAAUACAAUAUCAUCAAUACAAAGUGGAAAGAUUGAUUAAUACCAUCAACAACAACAGAUACAUGAUCAAUGGAUAUAUUUCCAGUGAUCCUCACAGUGUCUUUUUACCUAAUAGUUUUUUUUUCCAUCUAUAUAGACAAAUGCAUUUCCCAUUAAGAAAUGUCUGAAGGGGUUAUGCAAUAAAAGUGUCCAAUUGUGAUUUAGAUGUUUAGUGAUUAAGAAAAACAGACUGAUUGAAUUAAAUCUUUUUUUUAUCAUCCCAGUCCACUUUAGUAUAUCAGAUUAAAUUAUAGCAGACUGCCCCAAAUAGGCUAAUAGAUUCUCGUAAAUCUCAGAUUUGGAAGUAUUGAUGCUAGUUUGCUAUAUGAGUUAUAUGUAAGGAUUUGUGCAUUCAGGAAAUCCGACGUAUCGACUAUCAUUUUACUACUUCCUACCAUAAAUAACAGAGAUAACGAACAUCUGGUGGAAGACUGACUUUAGUGUAUCGAGUUAAAGGGCAACAAUCAUAACACAUUAUAAAGCAUUUUAUCAUGACUUACAAGGUCAGGUAUUAUAAUGUGUUAUAACUGUAAACAACUCACUGACAAUGCCAAUACAUAGAUAAUGCAAUACAACUGUUGUUAACAGUCAUAACACAUUAUAAUACCUGACCUUGUAAGUCAUGAUAAAAUGCUUUAUAAUGUGUUAUUAUUAUUGCUAAAAAGCAUUAUGAUCAUUUAUGAAUGUUUAUAACUAUAGUUAUACAGUGCUAUAAUGUGAUUAUAAUGCAUCAUAAAUAUAUCUAUAAUGCGUUAUAGAGAUAGGCGUCAAGUAAAGUGUUAGCAAAGUUAUUUCUAUAUUUAAAUCUGAGUUGGUGAUGGACAAAGCAAUUCACUAUACAUUGCGCGUUCCCUAGCAAAGUUUGUGUCCUGACCUGAGCCAGGUGUUGGGAAAAAUUUCCAUGACUGAUUUUGUUGUAAAGAGGUCCAACCUUUCAGUUGUCAGCUGCAGUUUGUUCAUCUUUUUGUGUCUCCAGAUGAAACCAGAGUGUCCCAAACUGUUGAGUGUCAGUGAUGGCUUUUCAGAAGAAGCUUUUAGACUUGUGAGCUGUGACUUCCUGUUUUCUUCUCCUGACUCCCCGCUGAGUUCCUGCUUCAAGGUGGUGAGUACAAGGAUACUCCUAUCCUAGAUUAGGAAACAUGAACUGAUACACAGACCUCAGCACUGACAGAUACAGUUUAUCAUGUGCUGAUUUAAAGGGGUGUGAAAUAAAAACUUGAGAUGAAGUAAUCUGACUUCAUGUUAACUCUCAAGUAAAGAAUUUCCCUUCAUGGAUAAAUUAAGUUCUUCUUAUCUCAUCUUAUCUUAACUUAUCUUACGAUGAGGAACAAUCACAUAUGGUCAAAUCUAGUCCUCAUGCAUUUGUGAAUUCACGCCACAUCAAGGAAAUCUGGCCGACACAAUAUACUGUAGCUCUUUGUUGUGUUGUGGAAAUCCUUUGGCAUAAAAGUGCAUAUUUUUCUGUGAACAUAAAAUGUAGAAAAACCUCCUUAAGCUUGUUGGAAAUCAAAAUGUUGCGAUCAAACUGCUGCGUGACAGAAGCGUGAAAUGUAACACGCCAUAAAAAGGAAAUUAAAGUAAUAACAUGAUAUGUGCGUGACGAAUUGAAUGUGUUUUCUCAGCAGGCUCUAACGCCGAGAUCCUUGUAGUUGUGUGAGCCUUAUGUUCACAGUGUGUGUGUGUGUGUGUGUGUCUAUGUGUGUGUCUGCAGGUGAGUCCCAGUCAGUUCUUGUCUGUGUGUGAGACGAGCUCCUCCAGGGCCCCCUGCAGAUUAGCAUCUGCUUUUGUUCAUCUCUGUCAGCAGAACUACAUACCUCUGGAGGUGCCUGCGCAGUGCUGUAAGUUUCACCAUUACACAACCAAGAUGUGCAUGAUUAGACGCAUAUUGUGUUCAAUCUCUGAUACUGAUGCGGCAGGUGUUUUCAAUUUAUAAGUGCAAUAAACGCAAUGCAUAUUCUAUCUUUUCUUGUUUCAGUGAAAGUUUGAAGAGAAGACGGCGAGCGAAUGAAGAGCAACAUUGGUGAUUUAUGACCUCUGUUGGCUGCUGGGACAAAAUUUACACUUUUAUACCACUGUUUGUGUUGAUAUUCUUUAUUUUGUGUUAUAUUCUUUGCUCUUUUGUGUCAUUUUUCAGUAUUAUUCUUUCUAUAAUAUACACUUUGCUCUACAGAUACUGUGUCAAUCAUGUGAAUGUGAACAAACUAAGGAGAGCAGUUUAAAAACGAUCAAGUGGCCUCAUCUGUGUAUUUUUAUGAUGUUUAGUGCAAACACUGAACUUUUUUUUACUAACAAAUAUAUCAAGAUGUCUUUAUCUAAUGCAUUCAUCAUUGUGUUGUUAAACAGCUGGGUUUCUCACAACUACUCUUUAAUUAAUAGGUCCCUUUAAAGAUGGGUAUGUAGUUCUUUAUCUUAGACUUCUGUCUCUGCGUGAUACACUCAGAGAUCCAGACGAUGUUGCGACUCUCCUGCUCCUUUAGUUUGAUGUAGGAGUAAAAUACUCCAAAGUGGAACUGCUGCAGGAAAGCAAGAGUGUUCAGCUUCACCUGGAACAGAUCAAUUGGGAAAGACAAAUAAGUGCAAGUGAGAUUUUCAUAUUUUAAUUUGCGUUAAGCUUUGGCUUGGGGCAAAUGUGUAACUUCAUCCAAGUAUUUUUACUGUAUGAAAAAUUCAACAUCAUUCUGAAGACCUUCCCAGUUCAUAGGACACUCUUACCACAUGAUAUUAAAAUCACAUUACCUCCUGUUCAAAGAAUCUGUCCUCCAGGGUCUUGAAAUCUGAGCCAGGCUCGGGGUCUUCAAAAACAACUUUAUACUCCUGCAGGGAUAUUAAGGUUGAAGUUCACCAUAUGUCUGAUUAAAAUAAGCUUCCCCAGUUUUCUCUAAGUCCUGAGGGUUUGACUCACAGAGUAGCAGUCAGCGACAGCUUUGACCUGCUCGUGGUCUUCUGCUUUGGCCAGCAGCUGCAGUCCUUCAGGGUGAAGUUUGCCACAGGAUGGAUACAAAGCGCUCCUGUCCGCUCCGCUAAGGUCUGUCCCAAAGGAGUUCACAGUGAUGAUGAAGGCCCGCCUGUCAGCUUCAAACUUCACACAAACAAACACACACACGCGUAGAUUCACUAUAUUGUGCAACGUUUAUAACAUGUUGAAAAACUGCAUGAAUUUAGCCAAUGCUGUCCAAACUGUGUCCGCACCUCUAAGACAGGACACAUGAUGUCUUUCGUAGCUCCACCGAGGUUCUUGCAAAAAGAGUGGAAAGACUCUAAAUAGGCCUUUGAAACAAAACCAAGACGUAAAUACAGGAUAGCAAAAUGACUGAAAACCUGACCCUGACUAAAGAUGACAAUUGAAACCUUCAUUACAUUGUUUCACUGAUGCCUUUGACUGUGACAUUGUAGUUAGCUUUACAGUUGUUUAGAGACUGGUACAUCUUUAUCUCAUACAAAACAACAUUAUGGAAAACAAAACACAUGCAUCUACUAGUCACCUUGUAAAGUUUGUUCCUGAGGAUCUCAACUUCCAUUUCAUCGAGGUUGGUCUCAGACACAGCAUCCUGGAAAAACGGAGCUACAACACAGCAGCAUCACCAGUCUGUGAUUUACAAAUCUUAAACCAAUCUAAUCAAUACCUUCAGUAUGGAUGAUAAAGUCAUUAGAAAAUGAUAACACUCAAAACAUCAACACUUUACAAACACUAGCUGAUGUUACAGGGUACGAUUGGCUGAAUAAUAGCGUUUUCAUUGCAUGUAAUUUUGAUGGUCAAUAAUUCAAUCAAUCAAUAUAGUGACAAUUCACAACAAACUUGAUCUCAGUCAUAUUUUACAGAAGCAGCAGAUUUAGACCACAGUCUUUUAUUCAGUCGUUUAAAGACCCAAUACAAAGAUAAGACUGAGUCAGCGCUCUGAUAACGCCAGACCCACUCCUAUCUCAGCUUUCUACCAUGAGAUAAACACUUUGAAGCAUUUAUUAAGUUACAGUGGUAUGAAAAAACUUCCUUUAAACAGGCUGAAACCUUGAGCAGAACCAGAUUGUUGGUAGAUGGUUGCCUGCUGUGUUAGAGUUGGAAAAGGGAAAGAGGGAAGUACAUAAAAAGCGAGAUGGUGAUGGAAUGAGACAAACAACGAACUAUUCAUCCUUUUCUAUCCACUCACAUUCAUACACUGCUGAGCACAGCCACCUGGGACCGUUUUGUGGAGCAUCUUACCCAAGGGCACUUUGGCAUGUGAAAAACCUAUAGGAUCAACCCCUCCGAUUCAGGGAUUACUGACUCUACCUCUGGUCCAAAGCUGCUCCUAAAUUUUUAAGCAACCAUGCGAUCAAUCAGCUUGAGCUGAGAGCAACUAAUGUGUUGAACUUUGACACUUUAGUUUGUGCCACUGACCAGUGAAAACUGUCUCUAUGUGCUGGUAAACAGAGCCACAGUUGAAAAUAGAACAACUUGUCUUAACUAUGUUUGUUGUUAACAAAAUCUGUAGCACACAAGUUAGAGGGUUGGCCACUUCCAUUAACUCCUUGCUCAAAUUGUGAGCAACAAGGAGGAAAAACACCAGAUGAUGUGAUGAGGGCUAAAGGGAAACUAUGACUGUUUAACCCGGCAGCCUGACAUGCUCAGUAUUUAGCUAGCCAAUUCCCCAGUAAUAGUUGUAACCACAUUAAUGAGUGAAGUCCAUUUGAAUGACACCUCUGUUGAUUUACAAAAUGAUGGAAAUGAUUGUUUUCUUAAAGCUCCAAGGCAUACAGUGCAUCCGGAAAGUAUUCAUACCACCUCGCUUUUUCCACAUUUUGUUAUGUUACAGCCUUAUUCCAAAAUGGAUUAAAUUCCUUUUUCCCCUCAAAUAUUCUACACAAAAUACCCCAUAAUGACAAAGCGAAAAACUUUUUAUAUAACAUUUUGCAAAGUUAUUAAAAAUAAGAGUUGUGUGAUUCCAAACGUAGCACAUGGAGACCACUGUGCUUUCUGGGAUCUUCAACGCAGCAGAUAUUUUUCUGUAACCUUCACCAGAUCUGUGCGCCGAUACAACCCUGUUUCGGAGGUCUACACACAAUUCUUUUGACUUCAUGGCUUGGUUUAUGCUCUGACCUGUUCUGUCAGCUGUGGGAUCUUAUAUAGACAGGUGUGGCUUUCCAAAUCCUGUCCAAUCAGCUGAAUUUGCCACAGGUGGACUGCAAUCAAGUUGGAGGAACAUUUCAAGGCUGAUCAGUGGAAACAGGAUGCAACUGAGCUCAAUUUUGAGUUUUAUAGCAAAGGGUGUGAAUACUUAUGUAUAUGCAACAUUUGAGUGUCUUAUUUUUAAUAAAUUUGCAAAAUGUUCUAAAAAAAAGUUUUUUGCUUUGUCAUUAUGGGGUAUUUUGUGUAGAAUUUUUGAGGGGAAAAAGGAAUUGAAUCCAUUUUGGAAUAAGGCUGUAACAUAACAAAAUGUGGAAAAAGUGAAGUGGUAUGAAUACUUCACUGAUGCACUGUAUGUGCUGCUGACCCACUGACUUCCAGACGUGGUAAAAUGAACACUACAGUGGAUGAUUAGUAGUCAUGUGAUCAUUUUGGUCUGAUACAGUUUGAUGACACACUUCCUUUUUUGUUUGAUUUGCGUUACAUAUCCAUGCUAGAUUUAAAAUGGUUAGCCUUGUUUACUUCUAGACACCAAUAGUUCCAUGCUGCUGUUGCUUUGCUUUUGUGCUCUUUUGAAUUAUCUUUUGAAACUCAAGGGCUUUACUGACAACCCUUUUGAACAUGAAGGCAUCACAAGCAUAUUGAAGAGCAGUCAAGUUGUUGUUGUCUUGUUUUUCCCUGUCUUGUACAGGUUGAACUAGAGGUGAACAACUGAACAUCUCUGAACACAUAGAUUUACCCAGUGGUGUGUCCACCAGGAUGGCGGAGUACAGCUCUGUUGGGGUUCGAGCGAUUCCAA